GCGUGGCGCUGACAUCACGGCCGGUGGCAGCGGAGCCCCGCGCCGCGCUGCUGCCAAAGCCAUUGUGCAUCGCAGCCGUCGGCGGGGCCCGCACCGCGCUCCGAUCGCGAUGGCCGCUUGGCUCUGACCCAUCCAAAUCUCCACCCGUGUGAUGCUGGAACCGAGCUCUGGGAGCGGCCACGAGGAUGCCUGAGGUGCUGAGCUCCUCCUGCCUGCUGCUCUCCCUGCUCACCCUGCACUGGGCUUGUCUCCAGCCGGGCCGAGCUUUCCCCAGCAGCGCCGAGUACCUGCAGCGGGGCUGGCAGCGGCUGCUGGAGGAGGGUGAGGGCUGCGCCCAGUGCCGGCCGGAGGAGUGCCCGGUGCCGCGCGGCUGCCUGGCCGGCACGGUGCAGGAUGCCUGUGACUGCUGCUGGGAGUGUGCCAACCUGGAGGGACAGAUCUGCGACCUGGACAACACCAACCACUUCUAUGGCAAAUGCGGGGAGCACCUGGAAUGCCAGCUGGAGGCUGGAGACCUGCAGCGCGGUGAGGUGCCCGAGCCCCAGUGUGCCUGCCUCUCGCACCAGGCGCUGUGCGGCUCCGACGGGCGCACCUACCCCCAGAUCUGCCGCUUCCUCGAGUCUGCCCGUGCCCACCCCGAUGCCAACCUCACCGUGGUCCAUGAGGGUCCCUGCGAGGCAGAGCCUCAAAUCACCUCCCCUCCUUAUGAUGUGUGGAAUGUCACUGGCCAGGAUGUCAUCUUCGGCUGUGAGGUCUUCGCCUACCCCAUGGCAUCCAUCGAGUGGAGGAAGGAUGGCACAGAGAUGCUGCUGCCAGGAGAUGACCCGCACAUCUCUGUCCAGUUCAGAGGUGGCCCCCAGAAGUACGAGGUGACUGGCUGGCUGCAGAUCCAGGGCGUGCGGGUGACGGAUGAGGGCACGUACCGCUGCUUCGCCAGGAACAGGGUUGGGGCUGUGAUGGCAGUGGCCAGCCUGACUGUCCUCACUCCGGACCAGCUCAACCUGACGGGCUUGUCCCUGCCAGAACCCCGUGCCGUGCCUGAGGACUACGUGGACAGCGAGGAGGAGUACUACUAGCCCAGCUGCAGAGCUGGCACUGGGCAGCACUCGCCCCAUGGUGCUUUGGGGUCAGGGAUGGAUCCAGAGCAAACACCCCCAGCCCUGAACAACUCUCUGAACAACUCUGUUUUGGGCUGGAGACACAGAAUCACAGAAUGGCCUGGAUUGGAAGGGACCUCAAGGAUCAUGAAUCUCCAACCCUCUGCCACAUGCAG